CCUCCCUUCACUCCGCCUUGGGACAGCAGUGACUCUGAACUGCCAAGGAGUGACAGCAGCCCCCCUCGACAGGGUCAUACAGGGAGAUCUGGGGCAUUAGGCAAACGGAGGCGAUUAGAGCCCGGCAGCGGGGGAGGAGAAGGUGGGAACGGGAAGGAGUGAAAGCAGGAGCCGCCCCGGAGAAGGAGGGUGAGACAGAGAGGAAGAAGCGAAGAAGCGCUCACCUCGGUUGCUGCCUCCGACCUGACAGCCCGCAGACCGCCCGAUGCGAAAGAAGCUCUCCCGACAUUAACAUGGCUAGUACCGCUACUUGUACCCGCUUCACAGACGAAUACCAGUUGUAUGAGGAGCUUGGCAAGGGUGCCUUCUCCGUAGUACGAAGAUGCGUGAAGAAAUCUACCAACCAGGAGUAUGCUGCAAAGAUUAUCAACACAAAAAAACUGUCUGCUAGAGAUCAUCAGAAGUUGGAACGCGAAGCACGGAUUUGUCGACUUCUAAAGCACCCUAAUAUCGUUCGUCUCCAUGAGAGUAUUUCAGAAGAAGGGUUCCAUUAUCUUGUUUUCGACUUGGUCACUGGUGGAGAGCUGUUUGAAGACAUUGUGGCAAGAGAAUAUUAUAGUGAAGCAGAUGCCAGCCACUGUAUUCACCAGAUCCUGGAGAGCGUAAACCAUAUUCACCAACACGACAUUGUUCACAGGGACCUGAAGCCAGAGAAUCUGUUGCUAGCCAGUAAAUGCAAGGGGGCUGCGGUGAAAUUAGCUGAUUUUGGACUCGCCAUAGAAGUCCAGGGUGACCAGCAAGCAUGGUUUGGGUUUGCAGGGACACCAGGAUACCUCUCACCAGAGGUCUUGAGAAAAGACCCCUAUGGGAAGCCAGUUGAUAUCUGGGCAUGUGGAGUGAUUUUAUACAUACUACUAGUAGGUUACCCUCCGUUCUGGGAUGAGGAUCAACAUAAGCUAUAUCAACAAAUAAAAGCUGGAGCAUAUGAUUUCCCAUCACCUGAGUGGGACACGGUGACCCCUGAAGCAAAGAAUUUAAUCAACCAGAUGCUGACAAUAAACCCUACAAAGCGUAUUACAGCGGAUCAGGCUCUGAAGCACCCAUGGGUCUGCCAACGAUCAACAGUGGCCUCCAUGAUGCACAGACAAGAGACAGUGGAAUGUCUGCGGAAAUUCAACGCCCGAAGAAAGCUUAAAGGUGCAAUUCUCACAACUAUGUUGGUUUCCCGAAACUUUUCAGUUGGCAGGCAGACCUCCGCCCCCGUUGUGGCCGCCACCAGUGCUGCCAACUUGGCUGAGCAAGCUACUAGAAGUCUUUUGAACAGGAAGACCGAUGGAGUUAAGAAAAGGAAGUCAAGCUCCAGUGUGCAUUUAAUGCCGCAGACCAACAACAAAAACAGCAUAGUAAGCCCAGCAAAAGAAAAUCCCCCAUUGCAGACAACAAUGGAACCUCAAACAACAGUUGUCCACAAUGCAACAGAUGGUACAAAAGGCUCCACUGAGAGCUGCAAUACUACAACUGAAGAUGAAGAUCUGAAAGGAUCUUUUUUCUGUCCUGGAGAUGGCCCUUUGUUUCUCCAAGGAUGGAGCCAAAGUGAAAGCAAAAUACAGAAUCGGUCCACACAAUCCCACAUUGGUAUGUGUGUCUCAGCCACUACCAUGUCUUGUGAAGACAAACUGCUUGCCUGGGAGAGCCCAGGUCACACUCUGGAGAUAGAGCACCCCCAGAGGGAGCAUGUGCUCACUCCAGUUGUACCAUUUUCACAUAGCAGUUCACUGUUGCGAAAACAAGAAAUUAUUAAGAUAACAGAGCAACUCAUUGAAGCAAUUAACAAUGGGGAUUUUGAAGCCUACACUAAGAUUUGCGACCCAGGAUUGACCUCAUUUGAACCAGAGGCAUUAGGAAACCUUGUUGAAGGAAUGGACUUUCAUAAAUUUUAUUUUGACAACUUAUUGUCUAAAAACUCCAAGCCUAUUCAUACCACCAUCCUGAAUCCACAUGUGCAUGUCAUUGGUGAGGACGCAGCUUGCAUCGCGUACAUACGGCUGACCCAGUACAUUGAUGCCCAGGGAAGACCCCGUACCACACAGUCUGAAGAGACAAGGGUUUGGUACCGUAGAGAUGGCAAGUGGCUGAAUGUCCACUACCACUGUUCCGGGGCCCCAGCAGCCCCACUCCAGUGAAGAAUGAAUGCAGCUUCUCCACUGGAAGAACAUCAUCUUAGCAAGCGAGUACAGAUCGCCUGAACGAAAGCAUCAGUCCUGUGCGUUCUGAUGUUUUAAAAAAGAAAAAAGUAAAUAAAAAUUUAAAAAAUAUUGAUGCCGGCAGUAGCCAAAAAUGCACGAAACCCUGCAUGCAUUAUGAGGCUGAAGCAGCUGCUGGCUAAUUGUUGUAUUUCAUGGAUCCAUUGUGUCUGUUCCUGCUGAAUGGAGGUGUUUUUAAAUUUCAAUGAGCAAAAA